AUGGGUUGUACAGUAUCUAAGACUCGACUACCUGAACUUCUCCCUAAACGUAUAUCAUUACACCAUGAUGCAAUUCCAUCGUCGAAGAAACCAGUUUCAUGGUCAACACAUUUUCUCGAAAAUUUUCUUACUAUUUGGCUUUAUGAUGAGGCUUCAAAUAAAUAUGAAAAUGAAAUGGAACAUUUAGGAAAGCUUCUGUAUGGUUUAAAAACAUUUAAUAAUAUUGAAACAUGCAAUCAUUUUAUUUAUAAUGUUCGAGAUAAAAAGAUUUUUCUUAUUUUAUCUGGUAUUCAUCGAGCAUGUGAACAUUUUCAUGAUUUUCCACAACUCGAGAAAAUAUUCAUAUUCGAUUGUUCUCAUGAAAUAAACGAUACAAAACAUCGAAUUUUCAAAUAUGAUACCAUGCAAAACGUUGAUAGUCUUUAUAGACAACUACAAGAAGAUAUAAGAAUAUGCGAAAUGGAUUUUACACUUAUUACGGUUGUAUUGGCAUCAUCUCAAGAAAUCUCGUUCUCAUCAAAAUUGACAAGACAACAAGCAUUUUUUCUUUUUGCAAAAAUGAUGAAAGAGAUUACUGCUCGCCUUAAAUUUGAAAGUUGUUCGAAAGAUGUCUUGAUCGAUUUUUGUCGAGUCGUAUACAUGAACCAUGAUGAACAACUGCGCGCAAUCGAUGAAUUUGCUAAAAAUUAUCGAACAAAUAAAGUUCUUUAUUGUUUAACAAAUCAAUCUUUUAUUUCAAGAAUACUAAAUCGUGUCGUACGUACGCAUGAGAUCGAUAUUCUCUACAAGUUUGGCUUUUUCGUUAAACAAGCAACCAUUCAACUUAAUCGAUUACACGAAGAAAAUAAAGUACUAAUCGAAACUAUUUCCAUGGUCUAUCGUGGUCAAACAAUUGAAAAAACAUUUGCUGUUGAUUUUAUUGAUCGUCAACUUGCAAUGCAUCGAGAUAUGAUAGGUAUUCUUUUCGAAAUAGAUAUUGCAAAGACAACAUUCGAUGAAAAACGUCCAUUCGCCUUACUCAAAGAUCCAGAUGUAGAUAAAGAUGAUGUUUGUUUUAGUAUGAGCACAAUUUUUCGUAUUCAAUCAGUUGCACAAAUCACCAAUGGUGAAACGAUGAUGUGGUCUGUUGAAUUAAAAUUAGUCAAUAAUGAUGAUCCACAACUACGAUAUAUCAUAGCAUCGACUCGUCAUGAUGAAGUGCAUGCUAAUCCAGCCUUUCAUUUGGAUACAGCUAUUCUCAGUCAACCCCGACGACUUGUACGUAUAUGUAAUGGUCUCGCUGCUAUCUAUACUUACAAUCAUGACUACGUCAAAGCCUUAAAUCAUUAUCAAGAAGUACUUCGAUUGAGUUUAACUUAUCUACAAUCUGAUCAUCUAGAUCUGAUACCGAUUUAUAAAGUCAUUGGUGGCAAUCAUUACAACCAAAAAGAAUACAGUAAUGCUCUAGAAAACUAUGAAAAAGCAAUUAAAUUAUUAGAGCAAAAUACAUCGCCAAUGAAUGUUGACACGAGCAGUGAUCUACAUAAUUCUAUAAGCAUGACAAAGCAGUUGUUAAAAACCCAUCAAUAA